AUGUGGGAGAGAGGUGAGAUGAUAUGGUGUCUUUCUCGUUUAGUGCGUCUUCUGUCUGGUCAAGAUCUUCUCUUGUUCCAAAGAUUGUACGAUCUUGUUUACAAGGCCAAGGCCGAGGGUACACCGGACUCGAAAGACUAUGGUCGGCUGUUUUAUCAGCGGGCGAUGACCCAGGCUAAUGAGGAGCUUCUCUCUAGGUUGAGAGAAGAUGACUUGCCUGAUGAAGAUGUCAAGGAACGAGAGAAGGAGGUCUUCUCUAGUGACAAAUCUGACAGGCUGGCUGUGGCGAGGAAGUUGACGCUCAUGUCUGAGAUGAACCCUGGAUUUGUUGGAGAUAGGCGAUUGUGGUUCUGGAUUGAAGAGGCUUUGAAGGAUUCUGUGUAA